UGUGAAGUAAUCCCUGUAUUUAUAUCAGUUUCAUAGGUAGAUCAGUCAAGUGUUUUACUAUAUCAGGGUUAAAUAUGAUUAUUCUUGAUAAAGUGGACAGAAAGCUUCAAUGUUUCAUUUAUUCUUCAGGGUCCCUGUGUAGAAACCAAGAGACGCAGAAUAUGCAGCAUCUUUUUGCCCUGCUGGUGCUGUUGCACAUGCAGGUUUGCCUGCUGUUGAAGGACUGCAAGUGGAAAGUUGUGCUCAACGAUUUUGAUAAUCUAGGUGGGGACCAAGCUGUGUUUUUUAGGCAGCACCCAGUCACUAGCGUAGCAUCUGUGUUCCAGAAUCUGACAGACUCGGCCAUAGACCUGACUGAUAAAAAUUCGCACUACCUGGGCUUCCCAUACUACCUGAAAAUCAGUCUAACCUGCAUCACUCAGGACGCGACGAAGGUCAUUCGCAAUGCUCACCUGACGGGGCUGAGGCCCAUUGUGACCGUAACGUUUGAAGCGCCUGUCAAUACAGAGCAUCAGAAACCCCAGGAGCUGCAGAUUGAGAUGAAAGGCGCCCCUUACCGGCUCCAGGGACCUUGUGCCAGCGAGGAGGUUUGCCGGAUGUGCUGGUACACGCCCAUGCCAAUGACAAAGAGGAGCGUGGUGAUGGAGGUCCUAGUCAAGAGCAAUGGCCUGGGCCUUGAAGUGGACAACAAGAGAUUUGUUAUGAAUAUUAACGGCUACAUGAAGGAAACUGAGACUGGUUUACAAUCUUCCCUAGGAGAGAAGGUUACAUCACUGGCGGAGAUGAUCUCACUGGACAGCCGGUCCCGUCCCAUUUGGUCCACCUUCAAUCAAGCCCCUGUGCUGAUCCUUGGGGGAUUCCAGGGUUACAAAGUCAUUCUGGUUUCAGACUCGGAGUUUGCAGAUUUCACUGCUGUGGAGGUGGGGAUCGACAGCUGCUGGAUCGGGUCCGUGAACUGCCCCCUGGACUCGUUCUCCUCCUCCAUUUUCGAUGCCAUCGCUACAGAAAGCAUGCUCCUCCUCCGCCAGAACCAGCUGGUCUAUUACUUCACUGGGAACUAUUCAGUCCUUUUUCUUCCUGUGCCGGGAUCCGGCCUCUGGACCCGUGUGCUGAACAACAUCUGCGUGUCACGGUUAAACCCGGUGCACUUUCCCCACAACGGCUCCGAGUUCGUGAUUGCUCUUGGAGGGGGCGUGCAAGAAGGAGAAUUCUUCCUUGGCACCAUUCGCGAUGGAGCCGUUCGGUUUCCCGAAUCACACGCCAAGGGGAGGAAGACAGUUUGUGAACAUUUGAACAGUAAGUGCCUUUUGGGUCCUUGUGUUCCUCAGGGUCCCUACUUAACAGAUCCCCAGCUGAACACUGAUACAAUUUUGGAACACUGGUACAAUGGAACACUGAUACAAUUCUGGAACACCGGUACAAUGGAACGCUGGCCCCAAUUCUGGAACACUGAUACAAAGGAACACUGGUACAAUUCUGGAACACUGGUACAAUUCUGGAACACCUGGCUCCUCAUCUGGCACACUGUUUCUUGCGUGAUCCUCUGGGCUGUCUACAUCACGGAAGAGGAGGUGAUUGUGCUGCUGGUGGAAGGGAAGAAAAAGAGCAGCAAGUCCGAUUACUACAUCAUGGCCUACGAUCAAGCCAAUGGAGAUUUCUGGAUGUUGUACGCUAUCCCUCGCUUCAUACCCAAAGACACUGAGAAAGGGUUUGUGAUGUUGGUGGGACUGGAAGAAUUCACGGAUUCCCCGCUGAUCCCAAGGGGGCUGUCCUAUAACCCGUUCAGCACAAUCUUCUACAUCUGGGGCAAUGUUAUUUUACAAAGCUACGACCUGGUUAAUUACAUUCUCCUCUCCGACUUCCCCCAACGAUCCCCCAUCAGCUACUUCAUUCUGUCGUAUGUAGGGGAAUUCGUGUGUGUGACAGUCUCGGAGGAGAUCUGGUUUUCUAUGGAAGGCAGCUCGGUCGUCGUUCGGCUUUACCCCUCUGAACCCUGGGACAUGUACUUCAGUCUCCAGCUAAUGAGAGGGUCGAAGGACUUUAGCUUCAAUGAGACCUUUGUGAGCCUCUUCUUUAACAAGGAGGGGCUGCAGCAGCUGGUUUACAUCCCGGAUGGACAUGGAGAGGGAAAGCUGAUCAAGAGGAACUUCCCUCUCCAUUAUAUAUUGUCGUACCGGCACCUCAUCAUUCAUCGGUACCAUUGGCUGUAUUUACAAGAUUCUCAGUACAUCAGGUUCUUCCAUCCCUGCUCCUUCUCGGUCAUGCGCCUCGAGGACCUCCCAGCCCCUCAGCGCUUCACCCGGAUGGAGCACUAUUGCACCGAGCCGCCAGAUGUCAUGGACAGAACAGGCUUCCACAACAACGUGUCUCUGGCUGUAUACCAGGGACUGAUCUUCCAGCUGCUCUGGCUGCACGCGGACUAUAGCAGGCCUUAUGCUGACCCAGUCCAUGACCCAACUUGGCGCUGGUGGAAAAACAGAAAGCAAUACUCAGAGUAUUUCUUUUACGUAGCGAGCAAUGGCAACUCCUCCGGAGGCGUCUACGUCAACAUGGAGGGCUACACGAAGAUCUAUGACCUGCAGCCCAAUAACCAGCUGCCCAGCAAGAUUUACCUGGACAAGAAUAAUGUCUUUUCUUUCUCAGUGUUCCUGAGCAUCAGGACACAGGCACACAGCAUGGGGGAAAUGCCGGAAGAGAACUCUAUUGAUUUUGUGUGGCUCACCGUUGUCUUAGCGCAUCCGAAGUUUGUGGUUUCAGACCUCCAGCGGCACUAUCUGAUGGGCCGGGGCUCCGUGCUGUAUUCGGUGAGUACACGGGGCCGGCUACACAGGCAUGUGACACAAACACCUCCAUGUCUCCAGCUCUGUCAGGUUAUAAAUUCGGCAACAAAUUGUUACCACUACACAGCGUCCGGCCCAAAGCUCCAGGGCUAUGCCAUGGUGCCAAUCUUCAUUGGCUGCCCCCCGGGCAAGAGGCUGGCCUUCGACAUCACCAGAACCCUGAAGUACACCACCAAACAGAACAAGCGGUACUUCGACUGCAUCCACAAGAACCCAGAGCUGCCAUGUUUCUUCUUUAACGAUGUAUUUUACCCCUUCUUCUUGAUCCAAGACAUGGUGACGGGAGACUCAGGACCUUUCAUGGGCAGCUACACGUUGAGGAUCAUUGGCGGAGGGCCGUACUUGGAGAGCAGGAUCCGCCUCUACAGCCCGAGCGAAAUCCUUGACUAUAACACGGCAAACGGCAGCACACCGCUGAGUCUGAUCUGGAUGAGGGCUAAUCACACAAAACCUGCCCUUACCGAUCCUGAAGGCUUCAAUGUCUUCUCCGGAACUGACUGUGGGAUCAAGUGGGUCUGUGAGCAGAACUCGCCCUGUUACGAUGUGGUUCCCUUAGACCUGACAGCUCCAGAUUACUUCUUUUUGGUGGAGGUGUCUAACAGACAGUGCAAGGGACCGUGGGAUGCCUGCCCUCACUGUCCCACGCAGAAUAGGAAGUGGCAGGCGGAGGCCGGCUUUGGGAUGCCAGGCCGCUUGUCCCGGGGGCGGCCACGCUCGCCCGAGAUGGCUGCGUGGCUUGAAUGAUGGUGACGGAUGCCCACGUUCUGAGCCCCCAGGUCCAUCCCUGCAGGGCAGUGGACAAGAGCACCUACUGCGACUAAGACCUGGAAUUUGUGAUCCACAUUCAUGGCUUGCGGCUCAGCCCCGCCCGGGCAAUGGCCUU